CGCAAAUACUUGAGGAAGCGGAUUUAAAACUUGACUCAAUCUCCCAUCUUCUCCUCGUCUCUUCUCCUCUCUUUCUUCUUUGAGCUUUUUCUCUCUCUCUCAGAAGACCUUCAUUGCCGCGUUAUCGAGUGCGGCGGCAUAACUUUCUCCAUCCCAAAACAGAAGGAAAAAAAAAAUAAAAUACAAUCCCUUUAGACCAUGAAGAUAUAUUGUAUCAUAGUACUACACCUAACUUUGUUCCUUAUUUCUUCAUACCUCCACCUUUGUUCCGGCCAAGACUAUGACGAUAACACCCCGGCGGCUCCACCGCCAGGGCAGGACAACUGCAACGGGAUAUUCUUAAGCUACGCCUUUACAUCUCGGACUAAAGAAUACCCCCACUUCAAAAACAUGAGUGCGCAAGCAUGGGCGUUCAGCUCCAUUGCCACCAUUGUCAAUUUAGGUACAGAAGAGUUAAAGGGAUGGAAGAUGUACGUGGGUUUCCAACACAGGGAGGUUCUAGUGUCGGCGACAAAUGCGGUGCUCGUUGACGGGUAUGAUUUUCCAGCACCGGUUGGGAAUGGAACCACCUUGACGGGGUACCCCACGACGGAUUUGAAGACGUCCAUUGAUACGGCUGGGGAUUGGAACCAGAUUUCCGUGCAGGUGCAGUUGACCGGAACCAUGUUCGGGAUGAAGGAGAAGGAUAUUCCGAUGCCGAAGACGAUUAGUCUUGUAAAUGAUGGUUAUAUCUGCCCUAAACCAACCAAAUAUCAGACAUACAUGUCUGUAUGUUGCAAAAGGAACCCCAAAUUCAAACCAAAACCAAUUCGUGGUAAGUACUUGCGGCGUCAGUAUGGCGAUCUGAAUCUUGUCUACGACGUCCUCACCUCCUAUGAAGGCAGUUACCUUGCACAAGUCACCAUGGACAACCAUAACCCCCUAGGGCGCCUUGACCACUGGAACCUCACUUGGGAAUGGAUGAGAGGAGAAUUCAUCUACUCUAUGCGAGGAGCUUACACCCUCAAGACUGUUUACACCGGUUGCAUCUAUGGUAAUGCUGCAAAGUUUCUUAAAGGCUUUGAUUUCUCUCAGGUGAUGAACUGUGAGAAAAAACCGGUGAUCACCGACCUGCCGGCGACUAGAGCGAACGACAGUGAUGUGGGUAAGCUACCGUACUGCUGCAGAAACGGAACUCUGUUACCGGCAUUGAUGGAUGAGAGCCAAUCCAAGAGUAUUUUCCAGUUGAGAGUGUACAAGCUUCCGCCGGACACAGCCCAGACGGUUCUGUACCCGCCCCAGAGAUGGAACAUUACGGGGGUUCUGAAUCCGCACUAUGCCUGUGGCGCUCCGAUGAGGGUUGAUCCGACUGAGUUUCCGGACACGAGUGGACUUCAGGCGACAAAGAGUGCCAUCGCCAGCUGGCAGGUUGUUUGCAAUAUUACCCGGCCGACGAAGGAGCAGAGACCAAGAUGCUGCGUCUCCUUCUCUGCGUACUACAACGCAUCCGUUCUCCCGUGCAACACCUGCGCCUGCGGCUGCAACAACAUUGACACUGACAAAUGCAACCCGGACGGUAAAGCCCUGCUACUUCCGGCGGAGGCUGCUUUAGUCCCCUUCGAAAACAGAACCGCCAAAGCCAAAGCCUGGGCCAGUCUCAAGCACCACCCUCUCCCCAAACGCCUCCCCUGCCCUGACAACUGCGGCGUCAGCAUAAAUUGGCACGUUGAUACCGACUACCGAACCGGGUGGACGGCCCGGAUCACUCUUUUUAAUUGGGGAGAUAACCCAUUUGAAAAUUGGUUCACCGCCGUAACGUUGGACAAGGCCUUUCCCGGCUUCGAAAAUGUAUACUCCUUCAACGGAACGAAAUUGCAAAGCGUCAAGAACACUCUGUUUUUCCAGGGGCUUAAGGGUCUGAACUACUUGGUCGGAAUGACAAACGAGACUAAGCAAUCUGACACCAGAAUUCCCGGAAAGCAGCAGUCAGUCAUCUCCUUUUCUAAGAAACAAACGCACGGGAUAAAAAUUAACCACGGAGACGGGUUUCCGACCAAAGUGUUCUUCAAUGGAGAAGAGUGUGCCCUUCCUACUGAAAUCCCUCGGAGUUCAGGGGACCGCUCCGGCAAGAAUUUGUUAACAGUCAUCUUGGUGAUGCUGCUGACAUUCUUGAUGAUGAUGGACCGCUUCCAUUAACGGCUGCUGGAGGACUUAAUUAAUUUCCUCAUAGAAAUUUUGGGUUGUACAGAGAAUUAGCUUUGAUUAAGUAUUAAAAAAAAAUCCCCUGU